AUGUCCCAUAAUCUGCACAGUUUGAGCUCGCUAGUCUCUUCUCCACAGCUGUCAUCAAUGCCAAACAAUGGCAGUCACGAUGAAGGCCAUGAGGCCAAAGAUCACUCUGGAGACACGAAUGACAUGGAAUUGAAAAAUUCAGUCGCGUCCACGGGCAAUCAAACUUUGCCCGUUGAUGUACCCGAAGUCACAGAGGACACGGAAUUGGCUGGUAGCAAGGUUCUUGAAAUUAAAAAUCAGGACAUAGGUGCCCCUGCCAUGGUGAAACCCGAUGAUGAUGUCAGUAAAGAGGCGAACAAGAAUGAAAUAUCAGGUAGAAUACCCUUUAAUGUCUCUUUUCAUCAUUUUCCAACUGCUCAAUCAAAUCGUAUCGAAUUGUACAUGUGUCUAGGAUUAGCGGAAGAAUUGGUGCGUAUGCACAGUACGCUGGUUCAGCUUGAGAAGCAGAUUAUGUUGAAUACUCCGAAAGCUUUACAACAACAUCAAUUAUCAAAUGGUUCGACUUCCGGCGAGGCCAAUGCGAUAGUGAUUCUAGAACAAGCAAUCAGAGAUAUCCAUGUACUUCAGUCUCGGGUUGAUCAAAUGGAAGUGGGACUUAUAGAUUUACAUCAGGAGUUGUAUUCAGCUCAUCACAAGAUCAAGAUACACGCCAGGUACAGUGCAGUUCAAGCGAUACAAAUUGAUUCAACAAGUAAAGCCUCUGGAUGUACGGAAAACACUAGCAAAAAAGAAACUGAAUCAAAACGAAGGCGUUCGAUCAUUUUGGUAGUGGAAGGUCUGGAUCAACGUGUUGCUUGUAGAGCCGACCCUUCGAGAGUUGGGGUUGCGGCUGAAGCCGCUCCCUUCUUCUGCAUAGUACCAAGUAUCUCGGUUGCAGUGGUUGGCGACGUGACCGAAGUGGAGCCGCUUUGGAGUCGUAGGUUAAGAGCUUAUUGCACGUUGAUCGUGAGUGACUCACCAAUUUUAGGUGAUCGUUAUGAGGCAUAUGUCUCGUUCGAGCGGCCCGGUUACUUGUCUAUCUCUUGGAAGCGGUUUUGUAGGCGUGUAGAUCCCUUUGAGAUCAGAUAUGGUAGUUAUCGUAAAGGCACCCCACUUUUGUCGCGUUGUUUGAUGACUGAGAAUCCUCCUCGUCGAAGCUUGCGAGGCAAAAACAUACCUUUAUCUUCAGAAGCACGCGGACCAGCCCCUCUUCAACCACCUCAUUCUUCAACGUCGCAGCCACAUCGUUCAUCACCUUCUCCGCCGCCAGCUACCUCAGCUCCCAGUGGUUCGAGUAAACAAACCCGCUCCGGAAAGCGCCGGAAGCGCUCACCUUCACCUUUCAGCUUAGCAGACGGAAGCAACACACCAGAACCACAAGGAGUAACAUCUGGACGUCUUGACGAUGUAGGUGUUCUGGUUGGAGCCAAGACGUCCCGAAACCGAUUGGUCGAUCUCCUCAAUAAGUUUGUGAAGAAUAAGAGACCAAGGCUCAGCCGUGACAACAAAGUCUCAAGGAUUCGAUCAACUCACGAAGUCAGGCCCAAGCGGGUAGCAGAUGACUCUGAACUCCAUAUCCCUUCAGGUCCCCCCGCCGGAACACAGGAUGCUCAUCACGAAGGACAAGUUGUUAAAGAUCCGUUUGCGCCAGAUGAUUACGACUUCAACCAGCUCGAGCUCCCCGACCUGAUUCAAAUUGUUGAAGGAAUCGGCUUAGAUGGCAAGACGCUUCCCAAGGAUAAACUGGUUGUUCUGUGUAAUCAGAACCGUGAUCUAAUGCUGAUGCCUGAUCAAAAACUUUCGGCAGUUCGCAUACCUCGCCACAUGUUCCGAUUUGCACUGCCAAAACCUCAAGCUGGCUCUUCGCCCAUACCCACUGUCUCACCCGCUAACCCCUUAUCAGCUGGACCAGUGUCUCAUCACAAACGUCGUGAUGACGGGCAACCAUCCCUUAUACAAAGCUCGACGUGUACUACUCAAGGUUCUACAUCAACUGGACCAGAUCAAACUUCCAUCGUAGCCGGUGCAACACUUUCCAAGAACCCAAUGGAAGCUAAGGAAAAAGUAGCCAAUGACUCCGUUUGUCGUUCCGAGUCACCAAUCAGCAAACAAAGAGAUAAGGGUAAAGGAAGAGCAACAUCUCGUGCACCUUCCGCGUCUUCGGAGCACAUCCCAACAUCAGACCCAGCCGGACUUUCUCAGAAACAGCCCACUGAGAAGGAUGUGCUCCAGGACAACUUUCCCAGUCUGGAACACCGACGUCUCCGUUUCCCUCGCCCUAACCCAACCUCUAAACUAAUUCCAACGGCUGACCCAGAGUCAACAGAGCUUUCUGACGACGAUUGGCUUCCACCAGACGACGACCAAUCGUCAAACGAUGCCAGUGAUGGAAUUGAAAAUUCGAUUUCUGAUAAACAAAGCCCGCCUCGCGAGUCCAUCAAACACAAGCCAGCGCAGUCUUGGUCAUCUCCACCACCUUUCAUGAAAACCCAAUCACAGCCUGCCUCGGCGGGUCCAGCCCCUGAGUUUGAUGAAUUUGAUGCUCACGGCCAAGGUCCUUGCGAGGAGGACAAAGACGAGCCUCAAUGGCGUUUCAAAUAUUAUCAACUUAAACACUCACUGGCAGAAACCAAUCGUAGACUUGAGCUCGUGACCAAGGAUUUGGACGUCUUAUCGCAGGUCGUGAGUAAAUUUGCAGAUGUCAAACCUACCGCCUCGCCUGAACCAAAAAUGCGGGGCGGAAGAUCCGCUUUUUGGAUGCGGCUCCAUAUCGACACACUCCUAGGCCGUACUGAAGAUACAACCAGGCUCCCAUCUCCAGCGACUGAUGAAGAUCAGAUGGCAUGGAAGAUUGAUGUCGAUGUUGAUGAUUUUCAACCGUGUCCCGGUCCACCCGAAGCAUCCGCAUCAACUUCUGAAACGUCUCCUCCAAUCAGUGACCGGCCAAAACAUCCCAAAGCAACAGCUCAACAGCUGAUAGUCAUGCGGACCAUGAUGCAAUUUGUGGGAGUAUCUAGCUUUCGUCCCGACUUCGCCAAAUCACCAUCUUCUGCACAGAACAGAUGGUUGUGGAAUCUAGCUUUUAGCAUCUUCAUCAAGCUGGUUGAGUGUGGUGAAUAUCCGGGCGUGUCGCUUGAUGCAGACAACCAAAGAUACCUCAAGAGACUUUUAAAUACACGAGUACGGUCUCUUAUGAAACGGUAUCAGCAAGAAAGUUGGGCUGAGGCUCGAAAAAAGAGCGCUGCCAGCGCAGUGCGAAGACGUGCCCGGCUGAGCUAUACUGAUGCAAGUCUUCGCCAGACAAAGAAGCAGCGUGACCGUGUAGUACUUGCACAAAAGCCCCUGUGGCCCCUUUCAGCUAUCAUCCAAGCGGCUUGCAGCGACGACGAGACGGAUCACGAGGGUUGUCUACACCUUGACUCCGACCAACCACAAGCUCCAGUUCACAUCCGAAAGCUGAGUUGGCGCAGCUCUGAGUUGACAGAUACCAUUAUACUUUUAGAAGAGUAUAAAGCGCGGAUAGAUGUCAGUAUUCCUAAGCCGGCAACACCAAAAGAUCGACGUAGUUCAUCAAGUAACGGACGCCCUCCACGCCCUCGACUCCGGUGUCCCAAUGCUCUGAUUUCAGAUCAUGCCGCCCCUUCUGGUCUUCCCAUAGACUGCUACUCGCCACAAUACCUUGAAACAUUGACACCUUUUGAAAGGUCUGCACUUGAUAUUAUGACUCUUAAUUGUAUUGCAAGUCAUUAA